AUGGGUUCAGUAGCGCUCGAAAUCACUCCAGAAAAUAAAUUUAUUUUCUGGAGUGAUUUCGAUGGAACGAUCACUACGCAGGACAGCAAUGAUUUCAUGACCGACAACAUCGGCUUCGGACCAGAGAAGCGUCGUCAAGGGAACCGUGAUGUCCUCGAUGGCAAGAUAAGCUUUAGGGAUUCCUUCAAAGAGAUGAUGGACAGUGUCUCAAAGCCCUAUCCGGAAUGCAUUCAGUUCUUGGUAGACAACAUCAAGCUUGACCCGCACUUCAAGCCCUUCUUCCGGUGGUGUUUGGACAACAACAUCCCCGUCGUUGUCCUCUCGUCUGGCAUGGAACCCAUCAUCAAAGCGCUGCUUUCGGCUUCCCUCGGCGAGGAUGCGGAGAAGUUGCAAGUUGUUGGCAACAACGUCCGGGCGCGGCCGGGUAAGAGCAUCGAUCAGGAGGGAGGAUGGGAGCUUGUCUUCCACGAUGACAGCGGCUUCGGCCAUGACAAAUCACUCACUAUUCGGCCGUAUGCGCGACUACCUGAGGAUCAGCGACCGACAAUGUUUUACGCUGGCGACGGGGUGUCUGACCUUUCAGCUGCAAGGGAGACUGAUCUUCUCUUCGCCAAGAAGGGCCACGACUUGGUCUCCUACUGCGUUAGAGAAGACGUCCCAUUCACAAUCUUCGACGAUUUCCGGGACAUCAUGGUCAAAGUACAAGAGAUAGUUGCUGGCAAGGUCAGCGUCAAAGAGGCGGCUAAAGAGGGUUACGAGCUCUUCAAGUCCGGCGAGGCUGGAGUUAAGCCGGCGGGCCCACCCCGAGAGGGAGCUAAGGCGACGGCGAAGUAA